AGAAACCCUGAACCUAAAAUGAGCAGGCAUGAAGUGUGCUUGCUCCUAGGAGCAACGGGCGUUGGCAAAACAUUGCUCCUAAAGCGACUCCUCAAUAUCCUUUCUGCUCGUUUCGGAUAAUAAAACCCGAAAGGCUAGAAGAUGCUAGUCUAAUUGUUUGUUUCGCGCACCCCUUAGCAAUAGCACGGCAUCGUAGCAUGAUUAGCAUUGCCAGUUGCAGUUAAUCUGACAGAGCCGACUAUUGUAACUUAACUGGAAUGACCAUUUGGUGUUUGACUAACUUGACCUAAACACAGCUGCUGUUACUUUCUUAACCUUUUGUUCACAGCUCAGUUUGCAGGGAGCUGUUGAAAUGGAUAGCCCUCCACAUACUCUGCCGACUGUAAAUUAGAGUAACAAUUUGACGACACUUAUUUAACAUUUUUUGAAGUUGGAACCAAUCUGACAGACAUGACGCUGAGGCGAAAGAAGCUGACGAUCAGGGAGCUAGGAGGCUGCAUGGGCCCAAUAUGGCCCAGUUACUUCAACGAUUGCUCAUCGGUCAUAUUUGUAGUGGACUCAUCCAACAUCGCUCAAGUGUCAGCGUCGUGCAUCCAGCUUCUGUCGGUGCUUUCUGCUGAGCCUCUGCGAGACGCUUCAGUGCUUAUAAUCUUUAACAAGAGGGACGUUCAUUGCACCAUGAGCCUGGUAGAGAUGCGCUCCCUAUUCCGACUGGAUGACGUGGUGGCCUGUGCUCCUCAGCCAAUCACCAUGUUGGAAGCGAGCGCCCGCUCUGGAACAGGACUCCGCGAGGUGUUGGCGUGGUUGGAAUCCGUCGCCAAGUGACGAUUACUGCCGUGAAAGGAAGCUACAGUGACAUUUUAUUGAAAUUGUGAGGGCACACUUAUAUAGGCUAAAGGUCAAAUCAUUGUUCAAUGUACAGUAAUUUAUUCAACCAGGAGACCUUUAUGGAUGAAUGCAGUCACAUUUUUAUUUGUCUCAAUAUGAUUCUUUACGAUAAAUAAUUUCUGCCACUGACAUAACAGGCAGAAAAAUUACAUGUGUUUCCACUGGAUAGCAAAAGGCACAAACUGUGUAUCGGUCCAAGUUUUCUGACAUUUUUCUUUGAUGGUGUACUGUACUAUGAAAUUUUUUUCUCAAUUUUCAAAUUGUGCCUUAUAAAGUGACUGUGAUGCGA